AUGGAGAAAGCGCUUCAAAAUAAUCUGAAUUUAGAAAACUUUGAUACUUUAGACGAAGAUCUCUUAGAUGAAAUAUUUGCAGAGUAUAUCAAUAAAGCAUUUGAGAAGGUCGUUUCUUUGGAUGAAUACUCAUGUAUAACUUGUGGAAAAAUUUGCAAGUCAAAAGGAGGUUUAAAAAGAAACGCAAACUCAGCACCUGCGUUAAUCAGCAAUGUAUCAAAAUUAGAUUGUUUUACAGUUAACAUAUUUUCAAAUAUUGUAAAAGGAGUGCAAAAUGUUUUAUUCUGUGACAAUUGUUAUCCAGAAGAAACAAGGCAGACAAUUAAAGAGUUUGAAUACAAUGAUAUCCUGUACAACGAAGUGAGCAAGUUAUUAACUGAGUUCAUAUCAUCAAGGAAUGCUGACAUAUUUUUAUCAAAGUUUUAUUCAAGCAUUGUUCUAUACGCCUAUUAUUAUAUCUUUAAUCUGGAUAAGCGUUUAUGUGCUUUAUUAGCCCUCCAUAUUGGAAAUCAUAUUUUAGGUUUUUAUAAAAAACAACUAAACUCUCCUUAUGAAGAAAGCAAACAAAAACCAAUAAGUGCACAAAAGAUAGAUGGAUUGCAGUAUUUAGCUGGUUAUGUUAUACACAAAUUUAUAAAAAAAACAAGAAACAAUAAAAAUUUUAAUUCAAAAAUAAAUUAGGACACAAUGGCAAUACUUAAAAAAUUUACAACAGAUAUAUUCGUUGAUCAAAAAUUUAUUUGUUCUCAAAACAGAGGGGGCUGUGAAAAAGAGUGUCAAUGUAUUUUUAUUGUAACUGAGAGUUUGUUUUGGAGAGAAACUAACAAAAGUAGCUAAUAAUAUUUUAGAAAAUAUGCUUAAACUUCAUUUUUGCGUACGCUCAUUUUCAUUAACUCAAAAUAUUGUUUAGUUGCACAAAGAAAAGAAAAAAGAAAAAUCUUUACGCAAAACUAUCAAAAAAGCAUCUCAGAAACUUUGUAUACAAGAAUAAAUAUUAUUUAAUGCAAAGAAAAACAAUUUUUAUAACAUUUAAAAAAGAAA